CCCACCCAUCAGUAGUGCAGUACUUUAUUUUGUUUCACAGUAAUUCAUAAAUUUUGCUAUAGGUGCUUAGAACUGCAGCCAUGGAACACAAAAAAACAGUUUGUGUAAAAAGAGAAGAAACAAAUGAAUGCAUUGUAUCUACUGUAGCAUGCUCAAUGGUCCAGUUCUACCCAUGGAGUGUGAAAGCAAAGGAAGAAUUGCAGGAGAUUGGAAAUCAAGAGAUUAAUCGUUACAACACAGCUACUUGCAUACUAUGUGAUCGUACUGAACGUGGCGCAAAAGUGGUUCUUGGAUUAGAAAUGGAAGCCAGUGAUAUCAACACUGAGCUACCAGUUUCAGAGAGAUGCAUCAAGGAAGAACAGGAUGAAACUAAGGAUCAAAAGAUUAUUGAAGAUUUACUUGGUGUUUGCAAAUUUUGUGAAAUUGAAGACAGAGCACUGGCACUUGCAUCACAAUCAGAUGGCAGUAAUGUUCUUGAACAUCCUUUGGAAGUGUCAUGGUCCACUGAUGUUACCGAUGAUCCCAGACUAAAUUUUGGGUGGGAUGAAACUGAGAAUAAUAAUUCCAUGGAUGCACUGCUAGAUGCCAUUCUGGAAGCAGAGAGUGAGUGCUGCCCACCUCCUCUGCUGGUGCACAAGAAGGAUCUGAAUCCUGUGACAGCAGUGUUGGUUCCACUUGCACCCAAGAAAGAACCGCAGGAGGAGUCGAAGAGAUUAUGGGGCAAUUGGAGUAUAUGAUGGAUGUCAAAGAUGGCAGUGUAAUCAGCAUAUGGAAAUGAAUACACUGGAAGGAAUGUUUCUGGGAAAGCCAGGAGGCAGCCUCAUAAAGACACGCACUAGACAGUACACGGUUAAUGCUCUUUUCAUAAACAUACCAAGACUAGGACCUCUGAAGGAAUCAACCUCCAAAUUUUACAGGAGAGUGGGCUGAACCAACAAUUUCUAUGAGAAAUCAAGGAAAUUCCAACAUUAAAUCAGAAAUUGACUAUGCUGAUGAAGUUGAGGGAUAUGUAGCAGAGAGAAGUGAAGAUGAAGAGUUUUGAACAAUGAGGAAUUAGUGGAAGAGGAUUCAUAUGCUGUAAAUGUUCUAAAGGUCAAUGAAAAUUACAAGUGCUACCAGUAGAAUGUUGUUUGAAGAGAUGAAGGUGUCUGCAGAUAAAUUUUGGUAGAAGUGGCACUCUAGCACAAGUACUUUUCCCUUGAGAGAGCAAUGCAGCAUGUACUAAAAAUAACAACAGCUUGAAGGAAAAUGAAUUUUGUGGUUUCACAUGCAGUUCAUGCAAGCAGAGCUUUUCUUGAAAAUAUAGGCACAUAAAGCAUGUUUUUAUUCACACUGAUAGUGUGCUUCUGCAUAUAAUGUUGUGAGGUACUUCGCACGAUAGUGGCUUCAGCAAGCAUUUAAGAAAGAGUGAACAUAAUUGAGGUAUGUCUAUAAUGAGAGAUGGAUUACACAAUGCUCGUGAGAUAUAUAAAUGUGGUGAGAUUUACAGAAACAAAACUACAAAAACCUAUCCAAAUGUUUGUCACUCCAACCUGAUAGAGAAGGGAUCUUUAUCUUAAGAGUGUUGUAACAGCUCGCUUAGAAAACUGAGGAAUAUCAGUUGUAUUUCUUUUGUAGAAAGCAGAUCUUAUAGUUCUGUGUACGAUACUGACGAAAUGCCAUGCAAUUGUGAUGUUUGUGUGAAAUCCUUUAUUAUGAUCAUCUCCAGAAUCAAGCAUUAUUACAUAUUGGCGACAGACGUCACAAUUGUGAUUUUGAUAAGAAAAUGUUUGUUGUGAGUGUAUGGUAAACUUAAGAUGUCACAUUAGCACAUCCUGGCAAAAGGCCACAUAAAUGUGAAGUUUGAGCGAAAUCUUUAUUGAGCAUUGUGAUAUCAAUACAUACUGUCGAAGUUGGAAACAUAUGUGAUGUUUGUGGGAAAUCCAUCAGUGUUUCCAGAUUUCCAGUUCCACCACAGUGUCACGUGUUGGGGAGAGGCAUUCAGUAAUACAUGCUAAUGAGAUGUCACACUAACGCGAUGUCCUUGCGAUAUAUAUUACAAAUUUUGGUAACCUUCAGGGGUAGACAUUAACACACACUGAUGAGAGACAUAACAUGUAUGUUUUGUUUAUGGAAGCCCUGUUCUGUUGUGAUAGCAAGACCCACAUCUUAGUAUUUAUUAAAGAGUGACUGCUGUGAUAAUUAUAAGAGGUUGUUUUCAAGUCAUGUAUACAGAAAGUUAUAUAUUGUACAGAUAAUGCAAAAAUUAGGAUUAGUAACUACGAGCAAAAUCAAACAAGUGCAGUUUAACUGCAAUUUGUUUAUUGAAGUCUGUAACUAGAUUGAUAAUUCAGUGUGCUGCACAAGGCUAAACAGUGUGAUUAUUGUUAGUUAUGUUAUUUUAAAGUUUUAUUGAAAUCCAUGAACUAAUGUGCUGUGUGUAGUUUACAGGUAGGAAAUUGUGUUAUCUUUCAUGUGGAAACAUAAAUCACAAUUUAUAAUGCUAUAUCUGGUUACACAUCAAAAUGUACAAUGAAAGAAAAUUUGUUACUCAAGGUUGUUGUCUGGAACCAUAUGGCUACAUGUUAAAUAUUUGGUUGAUUUAUAUCAACUUGUCUGUUGCAGAGCUCUUACAAUAUUUUGUUGUUUUUAAAAUUAUUUACUUAUGUUGGAUUUUUAGUGUAAUGUUUUUAUUUUCCUGUAUUUAUAAUCUUUGUUUCAUCAUUUGUUGGUUUGAUAAGCUUCUAAGUUGUACAGAUGUUCAAUGAUUCCAUCGUUGUUUUAAAAUAUAAGUUUAUUAUAUAUUCCUGUGCCUGUUGUUUGUGUUUUUUGACUUAGCAUCAGAUUCUCUAUAGACAACUGUACUAGAAAAAUUUACUCCUAUUCUGCGUGUAUCACUAUAAUAAUGUUCGUGACUGUCUG